CCCCUGGGAAGAUCAAGUAUGUGGCAGCAGCGUCAGGUGCUUUGCUCCCUGUGAUUGGUGUUGGGAAUGCCAAGGUUAAGGGAGCUAAUGGGGAGCUUGUGGGGCUUGGGAAUGUUCUGCUGGUUGAAGGCUUGUCUGCUAACCUUCUCUCUGUGCGGCGACUGCAGAAGAGCAAGGCCGAAGUGACCUUUGGACCAACCAGCUGCCGUGCUAAGCUUGGGAAGAAGGCAGGUCGCCCUUGUGAAGAACAGGGUGCUGGCUACAGUUGGAGAUAAGGAGUGGAUCCCAUAUGCCAAGUGGUAUGGGAGUGCUCCAGCUGUGAACAUGCUGAGGGCAUUUGGGUGCAUGGUGGUGUUUCAUGUGCCUAAGGAGAAAAGGGGGAAGUUGGAGGCUUCUGGAAGAUGGGGUGUGCACUUGGGGAUUGCAAAGGAUCACAAGGGGUGGCUGCUAUGGGACUUGACCACCCAGAAGUUGACAGUGUCAAGGGAUGUGAAGUUUCUUGAGUCCCUGUACUACAAGGAAUGGAAGCAGCAGCAACAGAAGCUUCCAUCUACACCGCUCAUUGUGGAGGCAGAUGAGGUGCAGCAGCCUUCAAGACAGGUGGAGGUUGCAGUGUCAGAGGAGGAGAUGUCUGGGGUGACUGAGGAAGGGGGAGCAGCUGAAGUGGAGCAGCAGCAGCAGAGCAGCAGCAGCAUGAGUCUCCACCUCGAGUUCCACACCCGCCUGAGCGUCCUAGGAGGGAUGUGCGCCCUCCUGUGAGGCUGACCUAUGGGGGAAGAGGCAAGCCGAAUGUGGUGCAGGCUGGGAGUGUGGUUGAGCAGAUUGAGGAAGAUGAGAUCGCUCACUGCUACUGGGCACCAAUCCCUGAGCCCAAGACUCGAGAGGAGGCCUUGAAUGGACCAAAUGGGGAGAAGUGGAA